GUAGAUAACUUACGUAAUUAUGGCGUGAGAAGAAGAGAGAGGAAUUUCUCUUCUAUUUUUAAGUAAGUGACACACAUAGCUGUGAUGAAUACAUGACCUCAUGCGAACGUGUUAACACACCCACAAAUGACGUAGUCUCAUAGUUUCAAGCGUAUAAAUUGCUGCCCUUGCAGUCAGUGAAGGCAGUCUCCUCACAGGUUAGACACUUACACAUCAUACACAAUGUGGACCUUCAUCGUGGUUUUCGUCCUUCUGACAGCUGGACAAAGAGCGCAGAACUAUGACAACAGUUUCAGAGGCAUUUUGCGUCAUGCUUGUCCAGAUAAACAGGUUGUGUCUCAGAUUAAUAGCUCCUACAGUUCCAUUGACCAAGAUCGCCAAUGGAAGAUUGAGUGCAAGGCUUUCGGUGCUACCUCAGGCUGCUCCUGGUCCGGUCCCCGGGACCUAUAUGACAAAGAACUCAGCUACAAUUGCCCGACCAAUCAUGUAGUUGCUGGUGUCCACAGCAAUUACAACAGUGCACAUGGAGACAGAAGUUGGAAAUUACUCUGCUGCUCUGCUCCACACUUUAUCACAUUUGAAUGUCGGGAAACCCCAAUGGUCAACUACUUUAAUGAAGACUUCAACUGGGAACUCCCUUCAGGCCACUUCCUAACAGGGGUCCGGACCCACCAAAAAAAUAUCAAUGGAGAUCAUCGCUGGAGUUUCAAUUACUGCAAAGGAACAACAAAAGAUACCCAGACAAUCAAUUCACAAAUCCUUACUACUAACGAACGUAUAACAGACCUUUUUACUGAAGGAGACGUUUUUGUCGCAAACGCAAGGAAUGCAAGAAAAUGCAAUAACUGCAGAUGGCCAAAGUUAAGUGAGACUGUUCAGGUGCCAUAUGCCAUAAGUGAUUCCUUUUCCACCUCCGAAAAGAUGAUGAUUGAAAAUGCAAUAAAUACCUUCCACUUGAGCACCUGCAUCCGGUUUGUAGCUCGUCAAGCCCAGACCGACUACAUCAUGAUUGUGAAAAAAAGCGGAUGUUGGUCCUGGGUUGGUCGAGUUGGAAGUUCUCAAGAAUUAUCUCUGGGUACGGGAUGCGUAUACAAUGGCAUCAUUCAGCACGAGCUCAUUCAUGCACUUGGCUUCUGGCAUGAGCAAAGUAGAAGGGACAGGGAUGCUCACAUCCUGAUCAACUUUGCAAACAUCAAGCCAGAACACAUUAGAAACUUCGAAACACAUGACACAAACAACCUCGAGGUUCCAUAUGACUACUCCUCUGUAAUGCAUUAUACACCAAAGGACUUCUCAAAGAAUGGAGGAGAUACCAUCAUUCCCAUCGACCCCUCAGCACAAAUAGGCCAGAGGGAAGGCAUGACAGAAAAUGAUAUUCUGAAGAUCAACAAGCUUUACGACUGCAAGGCUUACCGCCCUAAAUAUGGCGAAUGGGACAAUGAGUUGAACAACGCAUUUAGUCGCACGUGUCCUUCUGGACAAGCUGUUUCUGGCAUCACAAGUCUCUUCAAUCAUGACGUAAAAGAUCGACUUUUGGCGUUUUCGUGCCAUGCUUUCAAAGUAACCAGAACAUGCAAGUGGUCAGCUGAUGUGAACGAAUAUUGGGGAGAAAUGGACUUCAAAUGUGGAGACAAUGAAGUGAUUGCAGGGGCCUACAGUGAUCGCAGCAGCCUCUUCCAGGAUAGGAAGUGGAAGUUUUACUGCUGUAGUGAUUCUGGUUUUACCACGUCCAACUGCCAAAAAGCAACAAGGAUCAACUACUUUGAGGAAUACUUCAGCUGGACAGCCCCCAGCAACCAUUACCUGACAGGAGUGAAAAGCUCCUUUGAUUAUGUAAAACGCGACCGUCGAUGGACUUUGACAUACUGCCAGGGAAACACUCAGUGAAGAUACCAUGAAUGAGAAGUUCCCCGACAAGAUUUUUUGCUGUGCCGCAAUAAUUUACCAAAUCUAUUGCUAUUGUUUUUAGCCUGUCUGAAGACAUCCCUGAUUGAGCCCCUUCUAAUGGUAUAUUUGUGUGCUGCUGCUGGCAGCACCAGCUAAGACCCGUGACCAGAAAGGUCAUUGAAAGAUUCUUAGUUUAGCAUGAUGCAUCUGUUUUGUGUACCAGAUGCAUUAUAAUGUUUUAAUUGGACAAUAUGUGGGGAAAAAAAUCAGUUUAAAGAUUGCUACCAAUGUCCAUCUGUGUUAGAGUCGUACAUUUAACAGACCCUUUGUACUUUAAUAUAGUAGCAACUUUAUAACCAUCACUCGUGGGGAAGUACUGGUCUCCAUUCAUAAAGAUUAGAAGUGCUGAUGUAAGAUUAUUAAGAAAGUGCCCCUGGCCUUCUCCUAUUAUAAUGACCUGAACAGAGAAACUUGUCUCAGAGAUGCACUCCUGAUGCACUUGUGAAAGAAAACAAAACCCUCAAUAUGGUUACAGUUUGUUGAUGCAAUGCUCAAUGUUCUCACACAGUAUCUAAGGUUGGUGGGCUGUGUAUGUUUAACAUUGUAUUAGGUUUGUAACAUUAAUAUUUGACUAAUGUUGUUUUGUAAUUAAUUGCUGAUCUAUAUCACUAGGUCAUUCUCUUUCAGGUGAAACAUGCUUUUGUGAUGUAAGAUGUUAUAUGUCAACCAGACAUGACUUGAAUACUUUGAUGUCUCCAUAGUAUUUAUGUAAAUAUGUGUAAAUGAUUAACAUUCAGUUGUGGAUUUAAAUACUGAUUACUGUAUUGUAUUUUAUGUACAUAGAUAUCUCGACUUGGACAAAAGACUGUAUUUGUGUUUCACUGUACUUCCUUUGAAAUAAAACCAAAAUGAAUUAUAAUAUCUGAGUUUCUGGGCUUAAUCUUCUGGGUCAAUAAACAGUCCUCACAUCGAUGUAUUCAUAUAUGAACUAUAAAAGGAGACACAUUGAUAGUCACAUUUUUGCAAAACACUGAUGGUGAGUCUUUCCAAGAGACAACAACUAAUUUCCUAGCUAAACUUUAAUGCCAGCAGGUGUUUUCAAUGAUGCAACCAACUUUUACAAAAGCUCUGACAACACAAUGAGAAAGUGAAUUUAACACCAGGGUGGACCAACCUUCAACACAUAAAAUUCACACAUUACAUUUUAAGCACUUUAUCUUUGCUGUUGUUAUGGUAUAAACAGUGUUGAAUAGUAUAAAUAUCAUGGAAGACCUCCACGUGUCCCUGCUGAUAUCCCAUUAGUUUAACAUUUUGAAGGUUCCCUUAUAUGUUGCCAUUCGGGUCUGUGAGUGUUUGCUGCCUCAGUGCUGACCUCUAUCGUUUAGUGUUGGGACUUGCAACAACAAAUCAAGAUGCACAACAUGUCGUGUCCUCUUACACAGGUAAAGAUGUAAAUGUUAAAUGUGUAAAAUAUUAAUCAACUUUUAUUGUAACACAUUGUAAAUGCUCAUGUCAAAGUGAAACACUGGUGUGUGCAUAACUGAGCAAUACAACAUGUAAUUUGAAUGAUUUUGUCAAUAAUAAUAACGUGUGUGAUCUACUGUAUGGGAAUACAUGGGAGUAUGAG